AUGUACCACGCAGAGAGCUUUGCAGCUAUGGGAUGGGAGACGUAUAUCGUAGGGUACAAAGGUGCCAAACUCAUCCCCUCCCUCCUGCAAGUACCUCACGUACGCGAACUCUACCUCCCCCAGCCUCCGGCAUUCAUCGCCAACCUCCCACGUCUGCUCUUCCUCCUCUGGGCACCGUACAAGAUCCUCUUCCAAGCGCUCACGGUCCUCUCCACUCUCCUAGGCGAACUGCCCUAUGCACCAGAGUUCAUACUCGUACAGAACCCACCGAGCAUACCUACGCUGGCGCUUGUCCAGCUCUGCGCGCGUCUAACAGGGUCGAAACUCGUAAUAGACUGGCACAACCUCGGGUACAGCAUCCUCGCCCUCCGUCUGGGAGCUAGUAACCCCGUUGUUGGCUUGGCGAAGAUGUUCGAGAAGACGUUUGGGAGGAAGGCGUAUGCGCAUCUGUUUGUUACGCAUGCGAUGAAGGGAGUGCUUGUUAGGGAUUGGAAGCUCCUGGGGAUCAAAGCGGUGCUACAUGACCGUCCCCCGUCGCACUUUCACGCGUGCGAGCCAACAGAGAUCCACGACCUCUUCAGUCGCCUAGACCUCCGACCAGCAGGGGAGGACUUCCUUCCCCCCUCCUCACCCCCCCUCUCUACCCCUUUCACCCGCCUACGAGACCUCCCGCCCUCCUCCCUCUCCCCGGCUUUCGCGGCUACCCUCCCGGACAGGAGGGAGGACCGCCCUGCGCUCGUGGUGAGCAGUACGAGCUGGACGGCAGACGAAGAUUUCGCAGUGUUGUUGAACGCUAUGGCGUUCUACGAAAAGCGGGCUCGGGCCGUCAACUCCCCGCCCAAAGAGAACCCGCAAAAGGGGGACAAGCACGACAGACUCCCGAAAAUGCUCGUCAUCGUCACGGGCAAAGGCCCGCUCAGGGAAAAGUUCACGCAGGAUAUUGAUGAGUGCCAAAAAUUGUGGCAGUGGGUCCGGUGCGUGCCAAUGUGGUUGGAAGCAGCGGAUUACCCCUUGUUGCUCGGCUCAGCAGAUCUUGGUGUCUCCCUACAUCUCUCUUCCUCCAAGCUCGACCUACCCAUGAAGAUCGUAGACAUGUUCGGCUGUGGCCUGCCCGUGUGCGCGCUGGGGUUCGACUGUCUUUCCGAGCUGGUAGGGGAGGGGAACGGGAGGGUGUUCAAGGAUGCUGGCGGGCUCGCUGCGGAGUGCGAGACGGUACUCAAAGGCUUCCCUCACGCGCCGGAACUGGAAAAGCUCAAGCAAGGUCUUGUACUCCAGAAGAGCCCAACAGCAGGAGAAAAAUGGAACACGUGGGCCGAAGAAUGGGACAGGGUCGUGAAGCCUAUUGUUACUCAUCGACCUGGGGUGGAGUAGUGACUCGGGACAGGGGAGGGGAGCAGGAGCGGGGGGUGUAAUGAUAUUGGUAUUUAUUAAUAUGAG